AUUGCGUCCAACUAAACAUACAUGCAUAAGACAAUCACAUAUCAUAUAAGAGCAGUUUUCUAACAACUUAUAAUGAUAUUAUAAUUAACACCACAAUAGCACAUAAUUGAAAGGCAUACAAUGAUUAAGACAUCUUAUUAAAUAAGAGAAAGUAAUGCAUAAAGCAUUGUAGAAUUCACCUCAAAGGCUUAGCUAUGAAUUUUGAUAAAUAUCUUUCUCCAAAUUAGAGAUUGGACGCCAAACAGCCUAGUGAUUUGAAAGUAUUCAAUUACCGUCACAGAACAAGAUUAGAGUGUGAAAUAUACGAAGGAUAUUUGAUUGGGCCUGAAGUUAAUAUCCAAUCCAAAAUUCAACAUGCGCUAAAAUAUGGGCCUCAGUACUUGAGCCCACCUUCCAACUAAUCCAACGCCAAUUAUACUCUGCGUUCAAUUUCAGCUGCCCGUUGGUUGGAAAAGAUCCACUGGGUGCUUCUCCCUCCUUAUGCGAGCCAUGGCUAAUCUGGGUUCAUUAGUGUCUUUCAACACAGAUACGCCUGUUGACUCUGGCAGUACCGCCGUCGGUUAGCAUCCAGCGCCGUGAUUUAAAUCACAAAUUGUGAAGGGAAUUUUAGAGGCACCCAGAAACUAUGGCGGAAUCAGAAGCUGGUGACCCUACGGAGCUACGGAGAGUCGAAGGAAAAGGGGAUAGCCCAGAGAAAACAAUGGAUUCGGCCUCUAUUUUUACCAGAUCGGAAGUAAGAGAAGAAGAAUUGGAUUCGACUGGUAAGUUGCCUAAUGAAGUUGUUGUCAUGGUUCUGUCUUGCUUGACCUUCAAAGAAGCAAUUAGAACUUCAGUCCUCUCUACUAGGUGGAGAGAUUUGUGGAAAACAUCCGAUUUGGUGCUGAACUUUGAUGCCUCAGAUGAGUUGUUUGUUAUUUACAAGACGUCCAGCCAGGGGAUGAUGCCUUUAAUGGCAGAAAAGAGGUGGUGGUAUAAGAAUUGGGUGAAUGGGGUGGUUAGGCAGCUGCAGGAGCACAAUGCCUUAAAACUUAAACAGUUCAGAGUUGUAUUCAACUUGACUAAUCAGUGCAACUCCGAGGGAGAUAUCGAUAAAUGGGUGAGGUUUGCAGUUUCAAAGAGAGUCGAUUCUCUUGAUCUAAACUUCGAUGUGAGUGGUGUGGGGAAUGCUAAGCUUUAUGUUUUCUCAGAGGAUUGUUACAAUCACUUUAAGACGCCAGCUGGAAUGUCAGAUAUCAAGUCCCUCAGAUCCUUGCGUUUGAGUUGUGUCGAAGUCCGAGGGGAGAUAAUUGAACAUUUCAUCUCUAAUUGUCCCUUGCUUGAAGAUUUAGCUGUGCAACAGUCAAAUGCACUUAAACAGCUCAGGGUCGUGGGUUCAUCAUUGUCACCACUCCGAUUGAAGUACUUGGAAUUAAGGUACUGCUGGUAUCUGGAAUCUCUGGAGAUUGAUCAUGCCCCUGACCUAGUGCGCUUGAUAUACGAUGAUUGUCAUCGCGUGGAGGAUUUGCAAGUGGGUAACUGUCCAAAUCUCGUGGAUGUGACUUUAGGUUUUGGUCAUUGUCAGUAUGAUGUCGUGUUUAAAGCCCUCUCUGGAUGUGCCAUUCAGUUGGAGUCCCUGUUGCUGAAGACAUUUGCGAUGGGCAAUUUGCUUCACGGUGUGGCUGAACACACACGACUUGAGCAGCUAACAGUAGAAGUUAUGGGUGGACGAAACGGCAGUCUUGUUGAAUUAGUUCCUUUGAUAAACGCAUGUCCCCGUCUGCACACGCUGCAAGUGUUUUUGCAUACAGACUCUAGCGAUGAAAACAGACCACAGGUGGUCGAUGUUGUGAAAAUGCACCGUGAGAGCAUCAAAGUCGUGGAGAUUGUUGGGUUCAGAGGCUUUGAAAUGGACUGCGAGCUUGUUGAUACAUUAAGCAAGCUUUGCAGCAAGGAAGAAGCCGAUGAAGCCAAAAUGCUUGCAUUGGGGUACAAAUCAAGAGCGCCUCCAAACAUUGAUUUUAUUGUAAUUUGAUCAGUUGUCUUUCGAGGAAGAAUUGUUCAUAACUUCGGUUUUAAGCUACCUCAACCACCACAGGUCAGCAGGUGUGAUUACUGAUUACCAGUGAAAUGUGCAUUUAGUAGAAGUGGUUUGAGGUUCAUUGCAGUGAUUUACCAAUACCUGGUCUGUAGAAAUUGGGGUGUUUGAUUGUAUUGAUUAGCGCAAUAUAUUGCAGAGUGUUUUCCGUCCCCUUAAUCAUGUGUACACUUUUUUGCGUUGCUAGUUGUUAAUGAAGUAGAGUACAGAUAACAUGAUUACAGCACUUGAAUGUUUUAUACCAUAAAACCAGAAGGAAAAGUAUUUUUGCUGGCAAAACUUGACAUGACUAAGGCGUAUGAUAGAGUUGUCUGAAGUUUUCUGAUGGGCUUCCGAGAAUGAUGGGUGAAACUAAUCUAUAAGUAGGAGGUACAACAAGCCAAGAAAACGAAUCAAUACUG